CUGAGAGUGGCAACAAGCGCAUAGGAUAAGAGUCAUUUGAUCUCAUACAGUGAUCAUGGAGCUUGUUCUUCAAUUUCCAUCCUUUCUCUUCACUGUGGUAGCUAUCUUAUUUCUCUUAAUCAACCCUUGUUACUGCUUCGAUCCAAAGCUCCUUAACGUUUCGUUGGUACAAGAGGACUCCGCCUGGUCCCCAGCCGGAGCAACCUGGUAUGGUAGCCCCACUGGUGCAGGAUCCGAUGGAGGAGCUUGUGGCUAUGGCGCUGCAGUGAGCCAACCACCAUUUUCUGCAAUGAUUUCAGUGGGCGGCCCUUCUUUGUAAUCAGGGGAAGGAUGUGGAGCCUGUUAUGAGGUAAAAUGCAAUAACGAUGAAAACACCGCGUGCUCAGGAAAUCCAGUCAAGGUAGUUAUUACUGAUAACUGCCCUGGAGGUCCUUGUGCUGAAGGGACUCAUUUUGAUUUAAGUGGAACAGCUUUUGGAGCCAUGGCAACUUCUGGUCAGGCUGAUCAACUUCGUAAUGCUGGAGCCUUGCAGAUACAAUAUAGAAGGGUUGAUUGUAGCUUUCCUGGGAUAACAGUGGCCUUUAAAGUUGAUACAGGAUCAAACCCAAACUAUUUCGCCACGCUAAUCGAAUAUGAAGAUGGAGAAGGUAGUUUGAGCGAAGUUGAACUUAAACAGGCGCUUGACUCAGACUCAUGGCUGCCCAUGCAGCGGUCGUGGGGUGCAGUUUGGAAACUUGACUCGGGCUCAACUUUACGUCCACCGUUUUCAUUACGUUUAACUGAGCCUGAUUCUGGCAAAUCUAUUGUUGCUGAUAGUGUAAUUCCUGCUGAUUGGAAACCAGGACAAACUUAUAGAUCAAUGGUCAAUUUUUAAGGUUAAUUAGAAAAAAAAACAAUAAUGGAGAGGAGAGAUAAGAUAAGAUUUCUAUUAUUGAUGAAAUUUCCUAAUAUGGUUGAUAUCAUCACCCUUGCUUGUGUAUGGAAUAUCAUUGUUUAUAGACAUCUUCACUCCAACUUAUAUAUGGAAUAUCGUUGACUCU